GAGAAGAAGCAUGAAUAACUUCAGUGUGUGCGUUUUCCUCUCUCUGGUGAUUGCAGCUCACGCCAACCCAAUAACGACAGCUUCCAACAGCAUUGAUGACGAUGUGGUCCAGAACUACCUGAAAAGAUUCUAUGACUUGGGAAUGGAGAGUGAGUCUUCUGGUCUAUUCAAGACAAGCCAGCUACAAUUGAAGCUAAAAGAGAUGCAGCAGUUUUUUGGACUCCGUGUGACAGGAAAAAUGGACUCUGAAACGCUGGAGGUCAUGAAGAAGCCCCGCUGUGGUGUUCCUGAUAUGGCUGCCUACACCACUUUUGGAGACCACAAAUGGCCCACCAACAAGCUGACUUACAGAAUCGAAAAUUACACUCCAGAUAUGCCAGCGGCUGAAGUGGACAGUGCCUUGGCAAAAGCUCUACAGAUCUGGGCAAAAGUAACACCCCUGAGGUUUACCCGUAUCUACACUGGAACAGCCGAUAUCAUGAUAUCGUUUGCUAGCAGAGAGCACGGCGAUGGCUACCCAUUUGACGGGCCAGGUGGCACUCUAGCUCAUGCCUUUGCACCAUCAAGUGGAAUUGGAGGUGAUGCGCAUUUUGAUGAAGAUGAGACCUUCACUUUCGGCACCACAGCUGGGUAUAACUUGUUCCUGGUGGCUGCCCAUGAAUUUGGACACUCUCUUGGCAUGGGCCACUCCGCGGACCCUGGUGCUCUCAUGAAUCCAGUGUACAUUUACAGAGAUCCUGACAGCUUUAUUCUACCACAGGAUGAUGUCAAAGGAAUACAGUCAAUUUACGGUCCGAACCCUGACACUGUUGACCCUGAACCUACAGCUCCCCCCACCCCUAACGCCUGUGAUCCCAAACUCACACUUGACGCAGUCACAAGUAUGCGUGGAGAGUUGAUAUUCUUCAAGGGCAGCUUCUUCUGGCGUAGUUAUCCGCUGAAACCAAAUCCUGAGCAACAUCUCAUCAAGAGCUUCUGGCCUGAUGCUCCUGAGAAUAUUGAUGCCGCCUAUGAGGACCCAGAAACCCAACAAGUGUUCCUCUUUAAAGGUCAAAAGGUCUGGGCCCUCUAUGGCUAUGACUUGGUGAAGGGUUAUCCAAAGAGCCUGAGCAGUAUGGGCUUGCCAGACACUGUGAAGAUGGUCACCGCUGUGCUCAGUGACCCUGAAGCUGGAAAGACUUUGUUCUUCGUUGGUGAAGAUUAUUACAGCUAUGAUGACACACAAAAGGCAAUGGACAGGGGUUACCCAAAAGCAGUUGCAGAUGGUUUUCCUGGAAUGAGUGGAAAAGUCACAGCAGCAAUCCACUUCAGAGGUUUUGCCUAUCUCUACAGUGGCCCCAUCAUGUUCGAGUACAGUCUUAGGUCCCGAAGACUUUUCCGUGUGCUAAAGACUAGCUAUUUGCUAAAUUGCUAGUAACAAUAAAUGAGUUUUGAUCUUUAUUUUUACUUAAUUUAUUCGGCCUAUGAUAUGUUGUUAUGAUAUGUAGUAACAAUAAAUGUGUUUAGACCUUUUCGCUAAAAAUGCAAUGAUUUUACUUGCAGGCACAGAAUGACCACAAAGUAUAGAUUUAAACUUUUAUAAUAUUUAAUUUAUUCGGCCUUUGAUAUGUUGUUAUGACAUGUGUGCUUGUAAUCUAAAUAUAUCUAUCUAUCUAAAUAAUCUAAAUGAAAAUGAUUGAUUAUUUAAAAGUAUUGUUUUAAUGUUUUAAAUAUGGCAAUACAUUCAACUGCAAUGUUUAAUAAAGUAUUGAACUAG